CUUCCUGGUUGCGUUUGAAACUUAAAGGUGUGCCGAUUCUCCUUUCGGUGUUUUGCUGCUUUGCUUUGAACAGGAGCGGAACUUAAGAUCUUAUAAACUUUGUUACAAGUGGACAGCAGCUCGAGAGGACUGAGAACUGAUCAAGCAAAGGUGUGACUGAUAAAUACGUUUUUCCGGAUAAAGAGAUGAGUGCUGAAAUCGGCACCAUCCCCGCGUUACAGUUGUAUUUGGAUUCCUUUUGGUCUUCCAGCGUAGGAUAUCCAGGCUCUGACAUAAACGCCAGCGACGCAUGGGUAACUGCACCCACAUCUUUGUACAGCCCUCCCAAUUCCAGCAGCAUUAGAAUGGACCCGGCCCGGUCCAGCCCGACUCCAGAUGAAUCCUCAGAACUGGGCCCUGAGUUUCAGGCCCAGCUGGAUUUGUUCCUCAAGCUGGGGUUUUCCCAAACGCAGGUCCGUGCCGCUUUCCUGAAACUCGGCCUCAACACAGACACCAACAGGGUUUUGGGUGAACUGAUACAGGCUGCUGGGGAAACAGAGGAGCGAGAGGAACCUACAGCCUCCCCUUUGCUGGUUUCACGUGGGGAGGCUUCCAGUAAAGUCCGAAGUUCUCAAAAUCACUGUCAAAAUGCUCCAGUAGUGUCAAGCACUCCGGAAGAGCUGGUAGAGGAUGAGGACGCACUCAGACCGAUAGUCAUUGAUGGGUCUAAUGUAGCUAUGAGUCACGGGAACAAGGAAGUUUUUUCCUGUCUGGGAAUUCAGUUGGCAGUGAACUUCUUCCUGGAGCGGGGUCACGUGGACAUCACAGUCUUUGUGCCUUCCUGGCGAAAAGAACAGCCACGACCUGAUGUGCCUAUUACAGAUCAGCACAUUCUGCGUGAAUUAGAGCGGAGGAAGCUCUUGGUGUUCACACCAUCCAGAAGGGUAGCAGGAAAACGAGUGGUUUGCUACGAUGAUCGUUUUAUUGUGAAGCUGGCGUACGAAUCCGACGGCAUCAUUGUUUCCAAUGACACUUACCGUGAUCUGCAAGGAGAACGCCCUGAGUGGAAGCGUUUCAUAGAGGAGAGGCUUCUGAUGUAUUCCUUCGUUAAUGACAAGUUUAUGCCUCCGGAUGACCCUUUGGGAAGACAUGGACCCACCCUAGACAACUUUCUGAGGAAAACUCCACGGAUACCUAAGAAACAGCCCUGUCCUUAUGGAAAGAAGUGCACUUAUGGAAUCAAGUGCAAGUUCAAUCAUCCAGAGCGAACUAAGCAAUCCCAGCGUGCCCUGGCCGACGAGCUCCGAGACAAAGCCAAAAUUUCAUCCACGCCGCACAAACCUCAACCUGUUUCCAGUCAGAGUCCCUCUCUGGAGGAAGCAAUCGAACAGAAACUCCCCCUGGAUGCUGGGUCUCUUAAGAAGAGUUACGCCAGUGAAAAUGUCCUUGUCAUUAAAGCAGCCCCUCAGCCAACUCAAAGGAAGUUUCCUUUGAAAAAAGAACGUCGGUAUUCGCCAACAAGUCUAGAAUCCUUUCCCAGUGGAUCUCAGGAGCGUUUGGAUUCCGGCUUGGGUUCCUACGAAUGUCAUUCCCCUGAAGCGUCCCAUUGUGAUCGCUACUGCGACCAAAGGAAGUCCAAACCAUCCAACAGUGGGCGGCAUCGCUACGUUCCGACCAAUAGCCAGCCCUGCAGUUGCUGUUCCUACCAAUCCAUCAGCACCGGUGGAGCUGGGCAGAACCAUAGCAUGGGCCUGCCCGGCUCAACAAACCCGGGUUAUACUCAACCCCGGUAUCACUCCUAUGGAGGAGGUCCAGUUUACCCACCAGUUAGCAUGUCCCAGUAUUCAUUUCCACACAGCAGAGGGCCUCCUCCCCAACAGGGCUAUUGGUCCGAUCAUUAUGGAGGCUUUCCUCCAGCGUCCCACAAUGCCUUGCAGCCAGAGAGGGGACAUGGACACUGGUCACCCUCUAAUCACAAUCCUCAGUGGUCCGAACGGGAACAGGUGAGGAAGAAAUUGCUUGCUAUUUUCAACGCACGUUUGGUGGAUAGAGCCAUGGACAUGUUCCCAUAUCUCCUGGACCCACAAAGACUGGCCGCAGAGAUUUUAACCCUUCAGUCUCAGGAUGGGGCUUUUUAAUGUAUCUUCGUUGAGGGACUAGAUGACAAGACAAAGAUUCUGGCACCAAAGUUGCAAUAAGUUCUCAACCACAACCACAAGAAGUGUGUAGCUUCGCCCACGGUCAAAUCUCAUUGGUUCAUUUUUGUUGUGCAGCAUUUUGCUUUUUAACUUGAACAGAACAAUUACUAUUCUGUUGGAGACUGUUAUGUAAUGUGGUUUAGCCCCACCCACAUUAAAAUCUCAUAUGUGCACUUCUAUGAGAUAUGUUUGUAUGACUAUUUUUGUUGAUUCAUCUUAUUGGUCUGCAGUCUUGCUGUACAUCAGAAAUGUUGUGAUCGGCUGUUUGUGUCGAGUGAUUGGAGUCUGUCGCAAAAUGUGGUGUAGCUCCACCCACAGUAAAAACUCAUUGGUCCACAGCUUCACAUCAGAGUUAACGUUCUGAUUGGUUGUUUUUAUCAAGUCAUACACCAAAGCUUGACUGUUAAAAAAAUGGCAUUCCUAAUCAAGACACAGUAAUGUCUACAGUUUUAAAACUACUGUUAUAGUUUUGUAGAUGUGGAUGAUUUUGUAAUGAAAUGGAUUCAAGCUAUUCAGAAGAUUUUAUUUCUGUUUUAUUACUGACCUCUAACUAUGGUGAAUUUUCUAUUGGUUGUAUUAACCAACAGUGCAUUUUCCAUCUCGUAGUGGUUCUCAAGAAUUUAAUAUCAGUUUUUGUUUAAUUGUUUUUACAAAAUAGGCUGUCAUAUUUGAUAAUGGAAUGACAAAUUAUCAGAUUUAUGGAUAAACAUCUUUUUGUGUGUUUCAAGUGUUAUUAUUUGUGGUUCUGCAGAAUUCGCAGUACCGUGUGUGUUGAAUAUGUUGGCACCGUGUGCCGUAACUGACAUUUUAUUAAGCAGAACUACCACAAAGGUAGAAGAGUACGCACCCUUUGGUGUAUUUUUUUUUUCCAUAACUUAUAAAAUGUCCUGGAGAAUGCAAGCAUCACCAGUAUAACUUGACAUAAUUUCUCAAAGUUCUCAAAGGUAAUUGCCAAAAGCAUGGAAAGUCGUGGAACUUUUGGUCACUCUGUUAGUUUGUAUUGAAGCUGUUUAGUGUUUAAAAAGGGAGUCGGCAAUACUAAGUAGGCAAUUUUUUUUGCCCUUUUUUUAUUUAGCUGUGUGUUCUUUGCUCAUUUAAAUGUCUUUUGCUUUUUAUGCUGUAUCUCAUAAUAUGAAAAUAAAAUGCUAUAUUUAUAUACACA